CGUCGCGUCGUCGGCGCGGGGGGUGGAACGUUGAAGGGCAGGGGAGGCAAGCGCGCGUGCGCACAAGCGGUCGUCAGCGGUUAGGUGGAUGAGGCCUGCUCGGCGGCGGUCGCUGCAGGGCCCGCAGCGCUUCGUCCCCGGCCGGCCGCAGCCCAGAGGCGAGUUUGGGGGAGACCUCCAAAAGAGAGGGACCCUCUGCCUCGCCUAAGCCCAGAGACGACAUUUGUCUUGUCUUUCACCGCGGGAAUAUCGUGGGAAUUACGGUCUGGCCAUCGAGCCGAGUCACAGAGGCCUGGCCCCUCCCUUCGUGCAGUGAGGCAUGACGGGAGUUGUAGUCCGCUCCCUGUUCUGACACGUGCUCUAUGAUCUAAAAGGGCAGAACAGAUAGCGGGCGUCUGCGCGCUGGGAAAAACCCAGAUUAAGUUUGUUUAUUUUUUGGCAUGAGUUCCAGUCCCAUUCAGAUGGAGCCAGACUUAAAUCCCCAAGAGGAGAAGCAGCAUCGGAAAAGUACUCCAAGAAGAUCUUCACAAGCCCCACAAGACCUUGACGGCCCUCCAGCCACAUCGUUCAAGCCUCUAUGUCCUGCUAAGCCCUCCCCCAGUUUUCUUGAACUGCCCUCAACUCAGUGGAGACCCAGUCCGGUCCUGCCACAUCCCCAGGCCUCACGGACGGGGAAAGGAAAGCGACAUUUCGCUCCGGACCACCAGCCGCAGGAAUGCUUUGGGCUCCUGGAAUGUCUACACAACAACAUGCAGGUGCAGACCCAGAUCGCGCAGGAGCAACUGGCGCUGCUGCAGGACAUCCGGGAGUCCAUCAACCUCCUCCUCGUCAAGCAGGACCAGCAAAAUGGAGAGCUCCGAGGCCAGCUGGAGCAGCACCCCCCCAGGGACUCGGCCUCCUUGCCGCACCCCGGCAGCUAGCAGGAAGCUCCCGGGCCUCUCUCUUCAAUGCAGGCCGUCUGCGGGCAGCUGCGGGCCUCCUGGGCAGAUGCUGUCCAGCACGUGGCGGUGCCCACUAUGCAAGAUUUAGUGCCAUGAGACUGACAGGCAGCGGAAGCUGUGCAAUGCAAAUAAAGUGCUUGUUAUAUUUUU